AUGGCUGCUCCAGUGCCUCCAGGAGCUCAAAGACCUAACAAUCCUCAAAACUCAGCUCCUCCACCAAAUUAUAUCCCUGGUUCACAAGGAAACCCCCAGCAUUCGUUAGCUGCUAAUAUGCAAAACUUGAACAUUCACCGGCCGGCUCCUCCGAUGCCCGGUUCAGGUCCUAGACCACCUCCACCUUUUGGUCAGUCACCACAGCCUUAUCCUCAAUCAGCACCUUCCUACGGUGUCCAACAGCAACAACCUAGACCUUCUCCAAUGGCUAGACCUGGACCUCCUCCUCCUGCUGCAAUGACUAGACCUGGUGGACCACCUCCUCAGGGAUCGCAACCUGGCGGCUUUCCACCAAAUUUUCCAGUAGGAAGACCAGCGGCUCCACCUUCUAGUCAGCCACCGUUUGGCUCUAGACCAUCGUCUGGGCCAAUGCCUGGAGGUGGGCCAUUUCCGCAGCCUGGUGGUUUCCCACCUUCAGGUCCACCAGGUGGUGCUCCUCCUUCAGGAGCUCGCCCAAAUGGUUAUGGUUCGCCUCCACCUAUGGGACCUGGCAUGUCUAUGCCUCCUCCUGGCAUGAACAUGCCUCUUCCUGGCAUGACCAUGCCUCCUUCUGGCAUGCCUGGCGGUCCGCUGACUAAUGGGCCUCCGAUGAUGGGUCCAGGGGGAUUUCCCAGGGGACCCCAGUCUAUGAUGGGUCCACCGCCACCUUAUGGACAGCCUCCCAAUGCAGGUCCUGGAGGUUCUCCUUUAGCUUCGGCUCCUGCUCCGCCAACAAAUUUUCCUGGUGCUCCUUUUAGCAGACCAGCCACCACAGGAAACUAUCUUUAUGGACCACCACCACAGCAGAUACCUUCUGCUCCCGGCACCCCUGGUUCGAUGUAUAACAUGGGUCCUGUGCCGAAUCAGUCGAUGACCACUGUUUCUAGCCCUUCGAAGAUUGAUCUUAAUCAGAUCCCAAGGCCAGGUUCAAGCUCCAGUCCAAUCGUCUAUGAAACUCGAGUGGAGAAUCAGGCUAACCCUCCACCACCUACUACUGUUGAUUAUAUUGCUAGAGACACUGGAAAUUGCAGCCCACGUUACAUGCGAUGCACAAUCAGUCAGAUCCCAUGUACUGUCGAUCUUCUUUCUACAUCUGGUAUGCAACUGGCGUUAAUUGUCCAACCGAUGGCGCUUUCUCAUCCUUCUGAAGAGCCUAUCCAAGUUGUGGACUUUGGUGAGAGUGGCCCUGUUAGAUGUUCACGUUGUAAGGGAUACAUGAAUCCUUUCAUGAAGUUCAUUGAUCACGGAAAGAAGUUCACUUGUAACUUGUGUGGAUACACUGAUGAAACUCCCCGUGACUACCUCUGUAAUCUGGGUCCAGAUGGUAGACGUAGGGAUGCUGAUGAAAGGCCUGAGCUGUGUAGGGGAACUGUUGACUUUGCUGCUACAAAAGAAUAUAUGGUGCGAGAUCCAAUGCCAGCAGUGUAUUUCUUCCUCGUCGAUGUCUCAAUGAAUGCGGUUCAAACAGGUGCAACUGCAGCUGCUUGCAGUGCAAUCCUGCAAGUCCUCUCAGACCUUCCUGAAGGUCCUAGGACAUUUGUUGGAAUUGCCACAUUUGACUCAACAAUACACUUUUAUAAUUUGAAGCGUGCACUUCAGCAGCCGUUGAUGCUCAUUGUUCCUGAUGUUCAAGAUGUUUAUACACCUUUAGAAACAGAUGUCAUUGUUCAGUUAUCUGAGUGCCGUCAACAUCUAGAGAUUUUGCUGGAAAGUAUCCCAACAAUGUUUCAGGAAAGUAAGAGUCCUGAAUCUGCUUUUGGUGCAGCAGUUAAGGCUGCAUUCUUAGCGAUGAAGAGCACUGGAGGAAAGCUCAUGGUGUUUCAAUCAGUUUUGCCUUCUGUUGGCAUUGGAGCACUUUCUUCUAGAGAGGCCGAUGGGAGAGCUAAUGCCUCUGCGGGUGAAAAGGAGGCCCAUAAAUUACUACAACCCGCAGACAAAACUCUAAGGACCAUGGCUAUUGAAUUUGCAGAAUACCAGGUCUGUGUAGAUUUAUUUAUCACAACUCAGGCCUAUGUUGACAUGGCUUCAAUUUCCGACAUCCCAAGAACUACUGGAGGACAGGUUUAUUGCUACUACCCUUUCUCAGCUCUUUCAGAUCCUCCCAAGCUUUACAACGAUCUUAGAUGGAAUAUCACUAGACCCCAGGGUUUUGAGGCUGUCAUGCGAGUCAGAUGCAGUCAGGGUAUUCAAGUGCACGAUUACUCGGGGAACUUCUGUAAACGCAUACCAACUGACAUCGAUUUACCUGCGAUUGACUGUGACAAAGCUGUUAUGGUGACAUUAAAGCAUGAUGACAAACUACAAGAUGGAGCUGAAUGUGGUUUUCAGUGUGCCCUUCUGUAUACAACCAUAUUUGGAGAAAGAAGAAUUAGGGUUAUUAACUUAUCACUCCCUUGUACAAACAUGCUCAGUAACUUGUUCCGCUCAGCUGACCUAGAUACCCAAUUUGCCUGUAUGCUGAAACACGUGGCUAAUGAGAUCCCUUCCAAGGCACUUCAAUUGGUAAAGGAGCAAGCAGUUAAUAAUUGCGUCAGCACACUCUAUUCCUACCGUAAAUUCUGCGCUGCAGUUACAUCAUCUGGACAACUUAUUCUUCCUGAAGCACUCAAGCUUUUGCCACUCUAUGCUCUCGCCUUGACCAAAGGUGUUGGGUUACGGACGGACGGGAGAAUCGAUGACCGAUCGUUCUGGAUAAACCAUGUGUCUUCAUUGUCUACUCCUUUGGCAAUUCCACUAGUUUAUCCAAGGAUGAUUGCUGUUCAUGACCUUGAUGAAAAGGACAAUGAAGAAACGGUGGUUCCUUCCCCAAUCCCAUUGGCAAGUGAACACCUUAAGGACGAGGGAGUCUAUUUUCUUGAGAACGGUGACGACGCAUUGAUAUAUGUUGGGGACUCGGUAAAUCCAGAUAUCCUACAGAAGCUCUUCAAUGUUCCUUCAGCUGCUGACAUUCCAAGCCAGUAUGUGCUGCAGAAGUAUGAGAAUCAGCUAUCGGAGAAGUUUAAUGACGUGGUGAAUGAAAUAAGGAGGCAAAGAAGCUCUUACUUACGCAUUAACUUGUGCAAGAAAGGAGAUCAAACAGGAAUGUUGUUCUUAUCGUAUAUGGUAGAGGACAGGACAAUGGGUGGGCCAUCGUACGUGGAGUUUCUUGUUCAAGUUCAUCGUCAAAUCCAACACAAACUUAACUGA